AUGGCGAAUAUCACUCUAGAACCGACGCAUAUAACAAAUCAACCAGUAGGAGGUAAUCCAUUUGAACAAUUAGAUAAUGAAUGGUCAGUAAAAUUAUUCAGUUGUUUUGAUAAUAUUUCACAUUGUUGUUAUGCAUAUUGGUGUUUCUGUUGUUUUCUUGGUUCAUUAGCAGAUAAAAUUGAUGAAUCGAAACUUUCAUGUUGUUGUGUUCCAAAUGUUCUUAGUAUGUAUCGUAUGAAAGUUCGAUCAAUUCUACGAAUCGAAGGUGAUUCUUGUAAUGAUUAUUGUAUCGCUUCAUGCUGUCCUGUAUGUGCUGCACUUCAAAUGUCUAAUGAACUCAAUAAUCGUAAUAUUAAUAAAAGUAACAGAAGUUCGAAUUACAAUAAAAAUGCUCAUUAA